AUGAUACUAUCGAAUAUAGUAUUAAAAAAAAAGACUGAACGAAAACGUAUACCACUUCAAUCUAUUCGAUUAGAACAUAUUCUUCAUCUUGAUCGAAAUAGUCUGAGUAAAAAAUUAAUUGAUGAUUGUCUUGUUCUUAAUUAUCAAUAUGGAAAAAGUCGAGAUAUUAUUUAUAAUUAUGAUGAAAUUGAAAUCUAUCUGCGAAAUAUGAUCAGUUCAUUAGUUUUAAUCAAUACUGAUCGAUUACGUUGUCUCAAUUAUCAAUUUGACUUGUAUGGAGAAAAUGCAUCGUUGGUCAAUAAUGUUCGUGUGAGAAUCAAACAAAAAAGAUUAUCAAAUGAUGAUCGAAAUAAAUUUCAAAAUCUCACUGUCGGAAUGAAUAAUGAUGAUAUGCUCAAUCAUCUUGGUUCACUCGAUUAUGUUUUUACUUAUUUGAGAACAAGUAUACUAGAUAGUACUUUAGAAGAAAUACCGUUUCAAAACUUUGUUCAACAUUAUAUGCAUUCGCCUAGAUUUUUGGAUAAUAAAAUUCUUUAUCGAGAGCCAUUUUCUACAGUUCAAUUGCAAUAUAUUAUCGAUUUAUAUGAAAUAGUUGAAGAAAGCGUUUUUGAUCGAGCUUUACGUGCUUAUGUUAAAAUUGAACUUCAGGAAACAAUAUUUACAGAUGAUGAGUGCCAACGCGUCAUUAAACAAUUUUCACAUGAUACAUAUGAAAAACAAACUAUUUCUCCUCUGUUGAAAAAUAUUGAUAGGUGGAUUUCAAUGCUCAAACGUUUGAUGAUACGCAUUCUGAAUGCAAAUAUCGAACUUGAUGAACGAUUACAAGUGUAUCUUGAACGAACAUAUCUAUGGAGUGAUCCUAUCACUGAUGCUGAUCUAGCAACUUUUCAAGUUGAUAAUGAUAUUUUACUUCGACAUACCUAUGUGAUCCUAUGUGCUUUAGAACGGAAGCAGUAUAAGAGUAAUAGAGCUCCGUUGCCACAGAAAAAAGCAACAAUGUUAAGUAUUGAUGAACAACAGCAAGAAGUUCAAGCGCAGUCAACUGCAAUCAUUAGAUCAAGAAUCACUCCAAAAGUAAUCAGUGACAAAAAUCGAAAAAUUCGUGUAUAA